AUGCAUGCGUCAAAGGAAGAACACUCUUCGGCGGACAGUAACAACACGGACUCAAUCCUAGGAUUGGAAGUACUCUCAUUUGCCCCAAAGCCACUUCCGACCCACCAGAACUUUCUGUCGAGUUUGUUGAAUCAUAUGCAGGAGGAAGUUCGACCAUCUAUUUUCGCCGAGUUUGAGCUCGUACUCUUGACCUUAUUCACUGGAAUACAAGAUGCGAUUUCCUUCCCCGACUACCACUGUUUUGCCUCGAAUCAGACAGGAAACACAGUAUUUCUAAUGCUCGCCAUUGUACUGCCCGAAUUCGACGGUGACAUGUUCAUCACUGCCAAUAUAGGUGCGGCGCUGGGGUUCUUCCUCUUUGCAGGGUGGCUGACUGGCCAGGUGAGCCACCUGGUCGGCCCGAGGCAACGCUGGUGGCUGGUCCUGUGCAACUUGUUCCAAUCAGCCCUCGUGUUUGCUGCAGCAGCAAUCCAGUAUGUCUACGGCACAGAAAAGGAAGGCCCGGCAGCUGUCACGGUUGUUGCGCUGCUGGCGUUUGCAUCCGGGAGUCAGGUGGUGCAGUCGCGGUCACUGGCAAUCACAGAGAUUUCGACGGCCAUGGCGACUGCUGCUUGGGUGGAUCUGAUGAUUGAUCCGCACAUGUUCACGCGGGAUAAUCGAUCUCGCAACAGGAGGCUUUGUUUCCUCGUUGCCUUGGUUCUUGGAACACUGGUGGGUGCUGGCAUCUACAAGACAGCCGGCUCGGCGCCAGCCAUCGCCCUCUCAGCUGCUGGCAAACUCCUGGUGACCGUCAUGUACUUGUUUAAUGGCUCCCAGGAGCCGAAGGGAGAUGACAUUGAGGCUGGAUCUUCAUGCCCGUCUGUGCUUGUGAGCAACUCGAGAGACUCGUCGAAGCCUCCACUGCCAUGA